AUGGGUGGAGCAGCGUUUCCGAAUGUCUUUGGCAUGGGCGCUUUUGAUGGAGUCAAUAACGUGUGGCGUACGGAAUAUGAACAAGAAAUGCUGUUUUGGCUGGCUGAGAAGGAGGACCCCAAAACGGUGUACGACGAUGUUGACGCUCUUACGUAUCUUGGACUAACGCGGUGGCUCAAUUACGUUCAUGGGUACAACAAGUUAAAAGGUGUGAAGGAGAGUACCGCUAAUCAGGCGUCUGGGCUGCUACUGGCGCGACGGAGCGAACGGAAGAGUAGUGGCGACAAUACCGCCAGACAGUUCCAUUCAUUUUAUUUUUAA